AUGGCCAGUACCGCCGGUCCCUUGGAUCCUAAAGCCGUGAAGCAAAUGGAGAAGAUCAUCGAGAAAGAAGGCAAGGGUGAGGAGAAGGACUUCCAACAUGCGCUGAAAGACUUGCAUGCUACCGAGAAAUCUGAAUCUAAAGCGAGCAAGGCAGCUUACAAGGCGGAGAAGACCCUGAAAAAAACGGAGAAAAAGGAGCAAAGUGCCAUGAAGUCACUGCAGAAAGCGACGCACGCCCAUGAUAUGGCUGUUACGAAUCUACAUAGUGCACAAACCGAUGCGCAGGUCAAACAGCAGCAGGACGUGAAGCUUAAACAAGCUCUCGAGGCCAAGGUCACUCGCGUCAAUGAGAUAUCUAAACAGAAGGAAAUACAUAAUCACGAGCGAGAAAGUAGACUAUCUCAAAUUCACGAGAGGCCGAACCAGGCGGUUGGGACCAGUCUUGGUAUUCCAGCACCUAAUGCAAGUGACGUUCCGGGUGCUCACUGA